AUGGUUUUUGCCAAUAGAGGAGAGACCAUUUCGGGGGGGAAUUUCCAUGGUGAAUACCCAGCAAAAGCUCUAGACUAUUUGGCCAUAGCCGUCCAUGAACUGGCGUCCAUCAGCGAGCGGAGAAUCGAAAGACUGUGCAACCCGUCACUCAGUGAGUUGCCUGCGUUCCUGGUGGCUGAAGGGGGCCUGAAUUCGGGGUUCAUGAUUGCCCACUGCACAGCGGCAGCUCUGGGUAAGAACUCCACCUAUUGCCUCAGGGAGAGACCCUGGCAAGCCCAUGAGUGUCUGGGGAUGGAAGGAAGCUCAGGAAGGUGAAGCCGUGUCUCAUGAAAAUCAGCUGAAGAAAAAGAAAGGAAAGGGAAUGAGCAUUAAUUAA